AUGAGCCUUGAUCCGGGCGAUAUAUCACGAGCUUCAUCUCCCGCGAGCUCCGAAGCUUCUCAACCGAAACCUCGAGAUCAAGCAGGCGACGAUGUGUUCAGAAAAGAUAAGAACUACCGCCGUUAUGCUGCCAGCGUUGAGCGAGCAUUAUCGUUGUUCGAUACAGCCCUGCAGGAGUGGGCAGACUACAUCUCGUUCCUGAGUAGACUGCUGAAGGCUCUGCAAUCCCAUCCGCCAUCUCUACCCAUCGUCCCAAGUAAAACCAUCGUGGCGCGGAGAUUGGCGCAAUGCCUGAACCCGUCACUUCCGUCUGGAGUUCACCAGAAGGCCCUUGAGAUCUACGGCUACAUAUUUUCCAUUCUCAAGCAAGAUCGCCUAUCUCGAGAUUUAGCGCUGUAUCUACCCGGAAUCGCCCCCACCCUAUCUUUUGCUUCAUUGACCGUUCGCCCGCUUUUCCUCUCCUUGGUUGAGACAUAUAUCGUCGACUUGGACCCUGCAGCUCUUCGGCCAGCGUUAAAAUCUAUAAUAUUGGCUUUACUUCCGGGGCUUGAGGAGGAAACCGGCGAGGAUUUCGAAACCGCUCUACGGAUCGUGAACAAGUUUCGAAUUAUCAACCUGAAAGAGAAGGAGGUAUUGCCAAACUCGGACAUUGAUGAUGGCAGUCAAUACUUCUGGCAAUGCCUCUUUCUCGCCUCAAUAACAAAUCCAAGUAGGAGGCCUGGCGUGCUCGCGUAUUUAAAUCGAUAUCUUCCCAAACUCGGUGGAUCAAGUCCGUCGCUGAUAGACUCCCAAGAUGGUGGGAAUGACGAGACAUCGAAUCUGCCGUCUGUCACAGAUUCAAUUAUUAUGCCAGAACCCGGACUUUUAAUUCGAUGUUUUGCUACGGGUCUUACUGACGAGCAACACCUGGUGCAGAGAAACUUCUUGGAUCUGCUCGUUACACAUUUGCCUCUUCAUUCCCCCGUUCUGCAAAAGAGGAUUACCCCAGACGACCUGGGGAUCUUACUUACGGCAGCUGCCGGUGUCGUCACUAGAAGAGACAUGAGUUUGAACCGCCGUCUCUGGUCAUGGUUUUUGGGGCCGGAAACCUCUAAUGCUACUCAUGAACAUGGUAAAGCUGACCAAUCAUUUACUUCCCAGCAUGCCGCAAACUUGGCUUUUAAUAAUGAAAACGCAAAAUCCCAAUAUUUCAGUCGUUUCGGAUUAAAACCUCUAGUUCAGAGCAUCAAAGCCAUGAUCAGUCGCAACUCUGUGUACCCUCCUGAACGAGUGAAGCCGUUGAGGAUAUCUCUGUCUCUGAUGGAUCGAUGGGAAGUAGGGGGGCUUGUCAUCCCAGCAAUAUUCCUCCCGGUCAUGCAUAGUGUUCAACAAUACAAACAACUGGCUAUCUCGAAUGCAAAUUUUGAGGAGGUGUUCCGAAGUGCCAGCGCUUUUUUUGACGGAGUUGAAAGUACCUUGAUAUUCUCUGAGCUCCUUUCUCUUGUUCACGUUGAUCCAUCGACCAUCAAAACUCGUUCCAACCGUGCCAUAGAAGAUCUUAAACUUGCGAACUUUAUUGUCUCUCACUUCAAUAUGGGAGAGGAAGAGAUGCGUGUUGUCCACGUGCCUCUGUUGUUCAUGACACUCCUUAUCAAGAUAGGAGCUAUUUCGUCAAGUACCGAUGACAUUGGGCUCGACCAUCAAAAUAUUCAAUCCGCCGCGCUUAGCGAAACGUCCAUGAUUAUCAAGCAUCUUCUCGACCUAAUUCCGGACAGCGUCUUUCUCCAUGGAAAUACAUCUGAACAAAUUCGGGUUGACCACUCUUCAAAGACUUUCCAUGAUAUUUCCUGCGAAGCAAUCGUCCGCAAAAUAAGUGAAUUUUACAAGAGAUGUAAGGAAAGUCUCGAGCUACCUCCUCCACCAUUUACUCCCAGUGAGCUAGGUGAGCUGCUCCUCCGGGAAGCCCAAUAUCUGGUACUAUCCGCACUAGAAUCCGAAGACCAGUCCUACCUGAAAGAACGAACGAACUUAUUUAUCUCCCUGCUUAACAAAACUCCUAAAUCUCAAGUCGUCGAAGCCGGUGAUAUAUUCAAGGCCAUAUAUCACAAGCUGACUGCAAAGUCAUUAGUGGAUUUACCGUUCGUAACGAUUUCGUCGAUAUGUUCUGUUGUGACAACCUUGUACUCCAUCCACACCCCUGGGCUCUAUGUUUCUUACCAUCAGAUUUCAGAUAUUAUCCCGUCCUUAGUGCAGAAGCUUUGGGGCUUCCUCUCACCAUUAAGCCCAAAGUUCCACGUAGAAACAGUCCGAUGCUUGUGGCUUUUACAUCUAGUGACUUGGCAAGAUCAUUUGGUGGAAGCUUCGAUUACAUCGCUCAUGAUCAGUCCUAACAAGCCUAAUUCCUCCCACAUCACAACUGUAGAAGAGGUUGAAAAGUUUUUCGUCUUGUGGAACCAUAGCCAGCAGAUCAACGUCGAUCCUUCAACUGCUCGCAUCAUUAAUUAUGACCCACUGAAUAAAAGGGGUUUAAGAGACCCCAGAUCUCUAUAUCAAUCCUCAAUGCUCGAUCGCCCGUUAUUUAUAGUCUUAGAUUUGUUAUCUGGAAUUGCGACCGAAGCCUCAUUAGUGGUCAAGGAAUGGAUUUCCGAGCUAUCAUCUGUUCCCAGGAUAUUUCGCAUAACAAUUUCUAAACUCACUGAACUUCCAUAUCUCGUGGGAUCAGGUCAUGAACUUUCCUCCGAAGAUGAUCAGCUAACGGACUCUCUGGAGGCCAAUCAGUGUCGCUAUCUCUUCGAGACUCUCUCCAGUGUGAUCUCCUCAUUGAGUCCGUCGGGUUGGUCAACAUUAAUAACAAACACUGUGUCGGAAUCGAGUAAACGUCGUGAGAGCGAUGGAGCUGAUGGUGCUAUGGAGAAUUUGAGUAUCCAAGCCGCUUUAAUACACCUGUCAAUUCGAGCUCUCUCUCCACAAAUAACCGCCUCCAGGGAGCUACACUCUGAAGAGGAACGAAUGCAGCUGGCAAUUUUUAGUGUUAUUCGCCAGCUUCUAAUGGGACCUGGUGCUGAGAAACUUGUUAAAAUUGACCUGGAUGGUUUCCUAAUCGAUCAGUUAUUCUCUGCCCUGGAUAAAAAUAGAGGUACCCUCCAGCCUGUCAUGAUUGACACCUUGCUGGCUGCUUUGAAAAAUCGUUAUGUUCAUGAAGCUAUGGAACUUUCAGCUGUGCCAUCCAAGAACGCAAGGAAGUCCUCUCUCGAUGCUCUUUCAAAUAUCUCUGGCAUCUCUCUUACCGGCGAAAAAUCUGAAAAAGAAACUCCAAGAACUGUCGCUCCAGUGCCUCCGCCACAGUUACUCCAAUGUUUGCUCAAAGGCCUCAGUUCUACCUCCUCCCACAACGUCGUUCAAAAAUGGGUUAAAUUACUUGUGGAGUGUCUGGCGCUGUACUCCGGGACCAUCUUCCAAGUUCUGCUCACUCUAGUGGAGUGUUUAUGCAAACAGAUUACUGCUUCCUAUAAUGAGCUCCAGCUUGUGUUUAAGAGAACAAAUAGCUCUGUUCGGGAGCGUUCGGAACACAUCGCUAUUGUAUUGUUUAAUGGUUUGGAAAGUUGUAUCGCUGCUGCACAUGAACGUCUCAUACUCGAGGAGGAGAAUGUUUCUGCUGCAAAAAGUCCAGAUCAACCCCAAGGGUUUUUCGGAAACAUGGUAUCUGGAGUGUUCACUUCGGAGGGGAAUCAAGUACGGAGUGCUGCUGCUAAUGACAGACUCACCGUUCUCCUUUGCUUUCAAGACACAGUGCGCCUCUGUUUCUCGAUUUGGUCCUGGGGCAAUAUUCGACGACAUAGUAGCUCUCAGGACCCGGAAUCCCUCUCAUCAUUUCAGUACACCUCCUUGAGAAUGAGAAAUCGGUCACGACGUAUAUUAGAGCACUUAUUCAAUGCCGAGGCACUGGAUUGCCUGGAGACCUUAGUCCAGCUAUGGCACAAUGCCAUUUCGGCAGAUGACACAGCAGAAGCCCAAUCAGUUUUUAACCUCCUUCAUACACUAGACGGAUCACGGCCGAAAAUAACGAUUCCCGCUAUAUUCAAUUCCAUAUACAGUCGAACCAAUCCCACCGCACUAGACCCCAGUCGGAUAUCGGUUAUGACGUCCAGACUCUCCGAAGCAGACCUGGUUGCAUUUCUUGUCACAUACGCCCGGUCGUUAGAUGACGAUGCGUUGGCCGAGAUAUGGAGUGACUGCAUCGCUUUUCUUCGGGAUGUAUUGACAAACCCUUUCCCGCACAGACGCAUCCUACCACGACUGUUGGAAUUUACUGCAAUCUUGGGCGAAAAGAUGGAACGGACUAAUUUUGGCGACGACCGGCGAUCGAGGAAGGAACUCGGGGAUUUGUUGUUACGCCUUCUUACUGCGAUCUUCACUAGUAAACCGUUAGGUUCAUCACAAGAACCCGCCUCGUCGACACGGCAGUUGGCAGAUACCGAACGUUCAUCAGGAUCUUCUUCAAAAUCCCAACAAGUCGUUGGGCCUGAUAAUAUCAUUAGCAUUCUCGCAUCUGUCAUGCCUGCGUUGGUUACUACUCUUGGAGAAACGGAUAGGAUCUUCACUGCAAUGUCAAAUAUAUCGACGAAUAUAAUAGCCCCGUUAUUCCACUCAAGGCUCUUCCCGCAAAAUGUGAACAAGAGUGUGCUUGAGCUCCUCCAGCAGAUGUCGAAGGUUUCAGCAUCCUCAAAAUCCUGGAGAAAAGAUGUGGGUGAUGCUUUCAAUGACGCCAAAUUCUUCACCACAAAGCUCAACCUUGUACAAACGAGCUGGCUUGAUAUACUUCGCCAUUGGGCCCUGACGGAUAAAGAUCGAUUGCCAGAUCUGCUCUCACGUCUCACACCCCCCACAUCUGCGGGAAUAAUGUUUGGUGUCGGCGCCACUGCUGCCAGGCUUGAAGCUGAUCGCAAAACCCAGCUGAAUUUACGAAGGAUUACUCUCUUGGUAUUGGCUGCCAACGAAGACCAUUUCAGUGCAGAGCUUGCAAACGUCCACCAGAAGCUCGAAGAUCUCUUAACUGCCACUCACAUCUCGUCCCCUUCGUCUGUGACGCGGGCGGAAAUAUACAUGGUGCUCCGGGCCGUGGUGCUCAAAACAUCUUCCAUCCACCUUGCGCCAUUCUGGCCUAUGAUUAACAGCGAACUCUAUGAUGCUCUGUCAGCUAUUGUGCCAGGUCAACAGUCGGAGACGUAUAACCCUUACUCACUUUUGCAGGCAUGCAAACUCCUAGAAUCUCUUCUCCUCAUUGCCCCGGAUGACUUCCAACUGCAUGAAUGGUUGUUUGUCACCGACACGAUCGAUGCAAUCCACCCACCAAACCAUCGGGAAUCUGUCGCACUCGCGGAUAAUGUUGCGCAGAGCAUGGGUGCUUCCACAAAUACAGACGAUGUUGAACUCACUAUGAAAAAUGGAAACUGGAAUAGGAAUGGUGAUGAUGACAAUGAAGGCCGUGACAGAUAUAAAAAGGCAUGGCUUAAUUCAGAGCUCAGCCGGGAGACUGCGAAGGAUGAGAUCAUUGAUAAGGUGCUGAGGCCGUUCUUUGACAGGUUGAGUAUACAUGCUUUUGAGAGCACGUAUAGGAUGGGAAUCCCUGAUUUGGCGGGUUGCAAAGACGAUCUGCUGGCGGAUCUGUUCAAUGAGUUUACAGUGGCUAGUUAG